UUAGUUCCCCCCUCAGUGAAGCAGCAGAGGAAUUUCUGGGUGCAGAUAGGACCACUCCUCUCUCUCUCUCUCUCUCUGUUGCUCUCUCUCUCUCUCUCUCUCUCUCUCUCUGCAUACGAUUUCCUUUCCUCUCUCCAACAGUCGGGGCUCGGUGGUGAGGAAAGGGGGAGGGUGGUCGUGCAGUCGACGAGAGGAACAGGAGUUUAUUGAGGAGUAGCUGCAAAGGGAGGGAAAAAACCUAUGCACAUGAAGCUGGCGGACGGCUAGAGGAGAGAAAAAAAGGGGGUGAAAGGAUUGAGCUCGGACAAAUGACCGCUGUGCUGAGAAACUGCCGCUUGAAUUGUUUAACUUGUUGAUGCAACGUUUUCGUGCAGCUUUUUUCUCUCUCGCCUCUAUCGUCUGGCUGCAGUGACAAAUAGAUGGGAGGCGGAAUCGCAAGUGUUCUCCGAGGAAAGGGAUUUCACUGAAGUCACCGUGGAUGCAGUUUAAAGAGCAACCUUCUCUAAGAUGCAAUUCAUCUUCGAGCCGUAGCACUGUGAUCACCGGAGCAGGGUCGUAUUAAACACUACAGGUCAGCAUGGCAGCAGGUGUAGCGGCAUGGCUUCCCUUUGCCCGCGCGGCGGCCAUAGGAUGGAUGCCCGUGGCGAGCACCCCGAUGCCCACCCCGCCUCAAGACAAGAGGAAAGCCCAGGACGGACUCAUCAUCCUCAACGUGAGUGGCACCAAGUUUCAGACGUGGCGAACCACUUUGGAGAGGUACCCCGACACUCUGCUGGGCAGCACGGAGAGGGACUUCUUUUUCCACGAGGAGACGAACGAGUACUUUUUCGACCGCGACCCCGAUAUCUUCAGACACAUCCUCAAUUUCUACCGCACAGGGAAACUACACUAUCCACGCCAAGAGUGCAUAUCCGCGUACGACGAGGAGCUCGCUUUCUUUGGCAUAAUCCCCGAGAUCAUCGGGGACUGCUGUUACGAGGAGUACAAAGACCGGAGGCGCGAAAAUGCGGAGAGGCUUCAGGAUGACGAGGAGAUGGACAUGAACAAUGACGUCACGCCGGUGAACCUGACGUUCCGGGAGUACCUGUGGCGGGCUUUUGAAAACCCCCACACCAGCACCUUAGCUCUGGUCUUCUACUAUGUCACAGGAUUCUUCAUCGCCAUAUCAGUGAUGGCCAACGUGGUGGAGACGGUUCCGUGCGGGACUUUGCCCAACAGGUCAAAGGAGAUCUCUUGUGGAGACCGUUACGCGCUGGCCUUCUUUUGCUUGGACACUGCGUGCGUCAUGAUCUUCACAGUCGAGUAUCUGCUCCGUCUGAUCGCGGCGCCCAGUCGCUACAAGUUCAUGAAAAGUGUGAUGAGCGUCAUUGACGUGGUCGCCAUCAUGCCUUACUACAUCGGCCUGGUCAUGACCGACAACGACCAGGUGAGCGGUGCUUUCGUCACGCUCAGAGUCUUCCGGGUCUUUCGGAUUUUCAAGUUCUCCCGGCACUCCGCCGGGUUGCGCAUCCUGGGCUACACGCUGAAGAGCUGCGCCUCCGAGCUGGGCUUCCUCCUCUUCUCCCUCACCAUGGCCAUCAUUAUCUUUGCGACGGUCAUGUUUUAUGCAGAGAAAGGCUCCUCGGCCAGCAAGUUCACCAGUAUCCCCGCAGCGUUUUGGUACACCAUUGUCACCAUGACAACACUGGGGUAUGGUGACAUGGUGCCAAAAACAAUCGUGGGGAAGGUGUUUGGGUCCAUAUGUUCUCUGAGUGGGGUGCUGGUCAUUGCCUUGCCUGUCCCUGUCAUAGUGUCAAACUUCAGCCGUAUCUACCACCAAAGCCAGCGGGCAGAGAAGCGACGAGCCCAGAGGAAAACUCGCCUUGCUAGAAUCCGUGCUGCGAAGAUUCGGGGCACUAAUGCCUAUAUGCGCUACAAACAAAAUGGGCUCCUGAUCGACUCGCUGGAGGAGGCCUCUAAGGAGGCAGGACAAGCCCUGGUGGGGAAGGCCGCCACCCCUCCCUUUGAGAGCCAACAUCAUCAUCUGCUGCAUUGCCUGGAGAAAACCACGAAUCAUGAGUUUGUGGACGAGCAGACGUUUCAGGCCAACUGCAUGGAGAUCUCUGUGAUGAACAAGUCAGGCUCCCGCACUUCCUCACUGUCCUCGUCGCCGCACGGCCUCAGCUCAUGCUGCUCCCGACGCCACAGGAAGAAGAGCAGCUUCAGCUUGCCCAGCACAAACAACCAGGAGCUCAGCACCAUACAGAUAAGGGAGAGGCCAGUGGCCAACAGCCGCUCCAGCCUGAACGCCAAACUCGAUGAGACUGUGCCCUUGAAAUGUGAUGAACCUUACAUCACUCCCUCCAUGGUCAGCCUAUCUGCCCCGGUGGUGACCUCAUCAGACGGGGACAGCUCCACCACCACAGCAUACUCUCAGAGCAACAUUGUCCGAGUAUCUGCCUUGUAGAUGUCAUGCCUAUCUGAUCAGCUAACUGGUCUCGCUAAGCACCAGAUGCUGAGGAGAGGGACCACCGAGCAUCAACCUGCCAUAAUCUAGAGGGAUUUUAAGAUUAGCAGAGGUCGGAGGUUUUUGAAGUAGUGAUCUCAUCUGAUGUCAAACUCUGCAUGGUAUUAAAAAGACGUGGACAGCUGCCUUGGAAGUGAACCAGCAGAUCUCGCUUCAUUAAGCACAGCAGAGCAAGGAAGUGUUGGGAAUGCCUGGUCAUCGUUGUUGCCUAAAAUUACUGAGAAAAAAAAACUUUAUUUUUGAAUAUGUAAUGUAGUUGUAUUUGUUGUCUCUUAUUCAAAGGAGGAAAGGCAGAUGUUUAAAGGUCAGUCUCGAUGGCCUCUGAUGACAAAGCACACAUAUUCAUUACCUGAAGGUCAUCUUUGUGAAUAUUCAAUCAAUCCCCUUACACACUAGAGACAUUCUCUUCACUCACCACCAUAGAUUUGUUUGAAACCUCCCCCCAAUUAAAUGCUUUCCAAUACUCCCCUCACUGUUGUAAAUUCAGAAAACAUACAUCCACCGGAAUGGAUUGCUGUUGUGAAUAUCCAUUAACUGACUCAUAAACUGGUUGAUGUCAUCGCUUGAUGAGUAAAAUAUACUACGCAUCCUGACAUGUUUGUGAAAUGUGCAAGUGAAAGUCAAAUGACAACAUCUGUGUUAGCUUACAUAUUUGACAUUCUGAUAUGGAUCUGUGUGAAAGCCACUGUCAUUAGUUAACAACUGAUAUUGAGAACUAUACAGGGUACAUGUUAGUUAGGUCACAAGGUAGAAACAUAAGUGGAUGUUCUCAGCAACACUUAACUAAUACUAACCCUAACGUGGACACGUAGUAUUGACCUGGAAAUCCCACAUGAAAGAGUGUUGAACAUCAUUGACCUUCCCAUAAAUUAUGAUAUUCUUAUACUUGGUAGAUUCCACUGUGUUAAAAAGGCCAUUUUGUACAUUUUUCAUAUUGUAAAUAUCUCAGUUAGGACGACUGCAUUUGAAGUUGGCUCCUCUCAUUUCAAGAUUAAGUUGACGGUUGUCGGCAUACUAUUUUUGUCUGUUAACUGGUUGAAUUAAGGAUUUGCAUGCUGUCAUUGCCGAAUUCUGUUUUAUUAAAGUAUGUCUCUGCUUCUUGUUGGAAAUUUGUCAGUAAAAAUGAGUUCGUUGGAGGGAAAGAAAAUGACGCCGGUAUGUUAUGAUGUAAAUUCUGCAACAUUUUGCUUUUAAUGAAAAUACAAAACUUGUCAUGGACUACAUAUAUAAGGGAUAAGGAAAAGGGGUGGCAAAUAAUCACACAUUGUGCAUUUGGUGCAGUGGAUAGAAUAAAUACUGUAGCUCUACUGAAACAUCCAUUAAA